CGGAGUUGAUACGCUGGAAGCAUCCGGGUGUGUAAAGACAGUCACAAGUUUCCUGUCAGCUCGGCAAAGAGUGAAUACACAGGUCAGGUUGGGAUGGCGGUGGCCCAGGGCCCGUUCUUGGCUGCUGUGCUCCUCCUCGUCUCUUGGCUCCACUGCUCCUCUCCCCUACCUGCCUGUCCGGAGUCCUGCGCCUGUCAGAGCACUCCCCUGCUGAACUGUUCCUCCGCUGGCCUUUCCUUUGUGCCCCAACAAAUCCAAGACUCUGUAACCGAUUUAGACCUGUCUCAUAACCUCCUUGACUCUGUAACACUCUACCGACCACAUCGCAGCCUCAGGAAUGUGUGGCUGGGAAACAACAGUAUCACACACUUGUCUCUCUGCGUGGAGAGAAGCAUCAGAGGUAGACAUGUACAUCGCCUGAGACCUCAGAGCAGAUGGGGAUGUGUAUCUUGGGCCCCCACCCUGCAGCUGCUAUCUGUUGAGAGGAAUCAGCUUGAGCAACUCCCACAGGGACUGGAGGGCAGUGAGUCCUUACAGGUUCUGCAGCUCUCCUUCAACAGGAUCUCAACUCUACGACCAGGAGACCUGAGCCACCUUCGACAGCUAAAAGAGCUACACCUACAACAUAACCUCAUCACAAGUCUCCAUCCACAGAUGUUCCAGGAUUUAGCCCAGCUCCAGGUUCUCGAUCUGAGCUUCAACAUGUUGACCAGCCUCCAUCCUUUGACGUACUUCUCUCUCCGUAACAUUGGAGCUGAUGUUCAGCUGGGUGGGAACAGCUGGCAGUGUGAUUGCAGUAUGCGCAGUUUAAGAAGGCGGAUGGCAUAUGACAGCAGCAGAGGCCUGCAGGCUUGGAGCGUGGUGUGUGCUACCCCCUCCAUCAUCUCUGGCAGAGACCUGCUACAGGUAGAGGAGCAUGACCUUAACUGUUUUAGUGCUGAGGACGGGCCAGAGGUCCACCGAGAUGUGACUGUCUAUAGUGGCUCAGAAAUACUGCUGUCUUGCUCUACACAAGAUUCAACAUGGUGGCCACCCAGUGGUCAAGCAUCCGUGAGCCAACCUCAGGCUGGUCUGCUCAUCAGUGACGUCACAGAGAGAGACGCAGGACUAUAUGUGUGUGUGUCUGAAGAACACGAAGUUAUGUCUGUUUUUAACCUUCAAAUCAGUAAAAUAGGAGGUGCAAGAAGAAAAACUAGAAGUUUACCCAGAACCAGCCAAGAGAUCAUCCCACAGGACACCCCAGACAGGAUAGGUCAAGAAAGGAAUCUGAGAGCUACACAGUCUAACUUGGCUCUGGCUGUGUGUCUGUCUGUUUUCAUCACAUUUCUGAUAGCCUUUAUCCUAGGAGUCCUAGCAAGACCUUGUAUUGAUGUACUUUGGGGAAGGAUCACCAAGAAGAAAAGUACCUCUGCGACCCACUCUGUCUCAUCUGUAGAACAAAGACAAUAUGACAAUGAGGCCUACUACGAUGGUGAAGAACCACAACAAAUAGGAGCUCACAGGGAAAGAAGAGUCACAUUUAGCACUGUAGACUAUAGAGAAGACAGAAAUGUACAGUAUUAUGAUACCGUAGCUGGUGACAAUCAGGAAACCAUCAACAAUGAAGCAGUGAUUGAAUGUGAAGUACGCAAUACAAAUACAGCUAGAGAUUCAGGAAGUGAAAACAGCGUACGACUGAGUAUAACAGAGGAUAACCAGAGAGAUGGCACAGUACUCUCAGGAGGCCACACACACAGCAUAGAGUUUGAACACAUCCCAGACCCUGUUGAACAGGAGAAGAGGAGAAGCUUGUCUUCCUGCUCGGAUUCUUCACAAUCUGACAAAGUUUUCAAUGAGGACCAAAUGACCCAGAAAGCAACAACAAAGUCUCAUCAGCUGGCAGAGGACUCCUCAACAGAUAUCAGAGUGGAGGUGUCACAGAUUUCUGUAGAGGGCACAAGUAAACUUCCUGGAUUUUCUCCAGAGCCCUUUGCAGAUUGGUCACCACAUACAAAUAACACCAACCUUACAGACCCUGAACUGUGGCAGGAGAAUGAAGAACAAUUUGAAUUUAGUGAUUCUGUUCAUAGUUCAUCUGCAAGGUCCAGCAGUGUGCACGGUUCUUUUAAUGAUUCAAAACUGAUUUUGGUGCCCACUUCUGAUAAACAGAGGACAGAUGAUUCGUCCAGCUCUAGCUCAUAUGUCAGUGAGGAUGAGCCCACACAAUACACUGUGAACUCAGACCAAGAGGAGGAGGAGGAGGAUAAAGAAAGGAAGCACAAUAACCCUGAGGUCACUAACGCUAGCCUUAAACAGGGUGUUAGUUUUGAACAACAGAUCCACAGUGUAGACUCUAUCAGGCCUACAGUGCGAUUUAAUCAGGAUAAUUACAGUUACGACAAGCAAAGGCCUGUAGUGAGACCAGAGGAUUCCUUUUCCUCUCAUUCCAGUGACAGUGAUGUGGAGGACUACACAGUUAAAAAAGGGCAAGUACCCAGUUUGGUUGUUACCAGUCACAGUAAGAGUCUGGACACUGGAGCACCUUCACCCUCUGCUGCUUAUCCGUCCUCUUCAAGCAGUGAGAGUGAAGCAGAAAUCAAAGACCUAAAGGUGGAACACAGUAUUGGCAGAUUGAAUGAGGGCAUCAAAAUCAACAAGGCAGAAACACUGUCAACUGACCGGGAUCGCAUAUGUAUCCCCCCAAUUAAGAGGCGUGUAGUUAUCAAAACUCCGCUACCAGCUUCUGAUUCAUCCUCUAGUGAUGAGAGUACGGAUGAAACAACAAAUCACAGAAAGAAGCAGGAACAAGGAGAGGUGAACAUGGCAGGGCAAUCUGUAACCCAUGAUGCCAUGAAGCCACAAUGUCCUGCUCUAGAUCCUGCCCCUGCUACUACCAUUAAGAGGCGGGCCCCAUUGCCACCUAUUGAUUCUUCUAGUGAUGAGAGUGCAAAUAAAACAAUGGAGCAGAAGCAGAAGCAAGGAGAGACGCAAAUGAUGAGGCUUCCUAUUAAAGUAUCUCAAACAGCAAGUUGUGAUUCAGACAUACAAUGGCCUGCCCUAGAUCUGGAGCAUAUUCCUCGCAUCAAGAGGCGUCUAGAUAUCAAAGCACCAUCACCUGAUUCAUCUUCUAGUAGCGACAGUGAGGAUGAAACAACAACACAUAUUAAGAGGCAGGAGCAAGAGCAGAUGAACAUGGCAAGGCCUCCAAGUAAAGUAUCUGAAACUGCACGUUAUAACCCACAAACACAAUGGCCUCUCCUUGAUCUUCAGCAUACUAAACACAUCAAGAGGCGUCUAGAUAUCAAAGCACCGUCCCCUGACUCUGACUCAUCUUCUAGUAGUGACAGUAAGGAUGAAACGACACACCACACAGAGAUGCCAGGGAAGGUGGAGAUUGCAGGACUUCCAUUGCAAGAAUCUCAAACAGGAAGUCAUGAUCCAAGCACAGUGUUUCCUUCCAUAGAUCUUGAGCACAUUCCCCACAUUAAGAGACGUCUAGAUAUCAAAGCACCAACACCACCACCGGAUUCGUCUUCUAGUAGUGACAGUGAGGAUGAAACAACACACCACACACAGAGGCCUGGGAAGGUGGAGAUCACAGGACUUCCAUUUCAAGAAUCUCAAACAAAGAGUCAUAAUCCAGACACAAAAUGGCCUGCCCUUGAUCUUCAGCAGACAAUGCACAUCAAGAGGCGUCUAGAUAUCAAAGCACCACCACCACCUGAUUCAUCUUCUAGUAGUGACAGUGAGGGUGAAACAGUAAACCAUAUCACCAAGCAGGAGCAAGUACAGAUGAACAUGGCAAGGCUUCCAAGUAAAGUACCUGACACAGCACGUUAUAACCCACAAGCACAAUGGCCUCUCCUUGAUCUUCAGCAUACUAAACACAUCAAGAGGCGUCUAGAUGUCAAAGUACCAUCACCUGACUCUGACUCAUCUUCUAGUAGUGACAGUGAGGAUGAAACAACACACCACAUACAGAGGCCUGGAAAGGGGAUCACAGGACUUCAAUUUAAAGAAUCUCAAACAGAGAGUCGUGAUCCAGACACAAGGUGGCCUGCCCUUGAUCUUGAACAUAUUCCUCGCAUCAAGAGGCGUCUAGAUAUCAAAGCACCAUCACCACCACCUGAUUCAUCUUCUAGUAGUGACAGUGAGGAGGAAACGACACACCACACAGAGAUGCCAGGAAAGGUGGAGAUUGCAGGGCUUCCAUUGCAAGAAUCUCAAACAGGAAGUCAUGAUCCAGACACAAGGUGGCCUGCCCUUGAUCUGGAGCAUAUUCCUCGCAUCAAGAGACGUCUAGAUAUCAAAGCACCAUCACCACCACCUGAUUCAUCUUCUAGUAGCGACAGUGAGGAUGAAACAAUCAACCAUAUGAACAAGCAGAAGCAAGGACAGAUGAACAUGGCAAGGCCUCCAAGUAAAGUAUCUCACACAGGACGUUAUAACCCACAAACACAAUGGCCUCUCCUUGAUCUUGCGCAUACUAAACACAUCAAGAGGCGUCUAGAUAUCAAAGCACCGUCCCCUGACUCUGACUCAUCUUCUAGUAGUGACAGUGAGGAUGAAACAACACACCACACAGAGAUGCCAGGGAAGGUGGAGAUUGCAGGACUUCCAUUGCAAGAAUCUCAAACAGGAAAUCAUGAUCCAGGCGGGAUGUUUCCUUCCAUAGAUCUUGAGCAUAUUCCUCACAUUAGGAGGCGCCUAGAUAUCAAAGCACCAACACCACCACCUGAUUCGUCUUCUAGUAGUGACAGUGAGGAUGAAACAACACACCACAUACAGAGGACUGGAAAGGUGGAGAUUACAGGACUUCCAUUAAAAGAAUCUCGAACAGAGAGUCAUGAUCCAGACACAAGGUGGCCUGCCCUUGAUCUUGAGCAGACAAUGCACAUCAAAAGGCGUCUGGAUAUCAAAGCACCACCACCGCCAACUAACUCAUCUUCUAGUAGUGACAGUGAGGAGGAAACAAUCAACCAUGUAAACAUGCAGGAACAAGGGCAGAUGAACAUGGCAUGGCUACCAAGUAAAGUACCUGAAACUGCACAUUAUAACCCACAAACCCAGUGGCCUCUCCUUGAUCUUCAGCAUACUAAACACAUCAAGAGACGUCUAGAUAUCAAAGCACCAUCACCUGACUCUGACUCAUCUUCCAGUAGUGACAGUGAGGAUGAAACAUCAGGCCAUAAUAAAAAGCAGACACCAGCAGGGGUGGAGUUUGCAGUGCCUUCAUUUGAGAAAUCUCAAACAGGAAGUCAUGACCCUGGCACAAUGUUUCCUUCCAUAGAUCUUGAGCAUAUUCCUCGUAUUAAGAGGCGUCUAGAUAUCAAAGCAUCAUCACCCUCUCUUGAGCCACCCUCUAGUUGUGAGAUAGUGGAGAAACAUGAACAAAGGAAGGUACACAUUUCAAGACAUCCAUCUCAAGGAUCUCAAGCAGAAAGUCGUGAUCCAGACACACAGUGGCCUGUCGUAGAUCUUGAGCAUACUAUGCAUGUCAAAAGGCGCCUAGAUAUCAAAGCACCACCACCAAGUUCUGAUUCAUCUUCAAGUAGUGACAGUGAGGAUGAAACAACAUACCAAGUUAAGAAAGGGGAGCAAGGAGAGACACACAUGGCAAGGCCUCCAAUGGAAGUAUCUCAAACUGUAAGUUAUGACCCACAAACACAAUGGCCUCUCCUAGAUCUUGAGCAUACUAAACAUGUCAAGAGGCGUCUAGAUGUCAAAGCACCAUCACCUGACACUGACUCAUCUUCAAGUAGUGACAGUGAGGAUGAAACAACACACCACACAGAGAGGCCAGGGAAGGUAGCCUUUGCUGAGCUUCCAUUACAAAAAUCUCAAACAAUAAAUCAGGAUCCAGAAUCACAGUGGCCUGCUCUUGAUCUCGAGCAUAAUUUGCGCAUCAAGAGGCGUCUAGAUAUCAAAGCACCAUCACCAGUCUCUGAUUCAUCUUCUAGUAGUGACAGUGAGGAUGAAACAACACUCUCCACAAAGACAAUGAGGCCAGGGGUGGUGGGAGUUGUAGGGCCUCCAUUUCAAGAAUCUCAAACAGUGAGUUGUGAUCCAGAAACACAGUGGCCAACCGUAGAUCUCGGUAAUAUUACUCGCAUCAAGAGGCGUUUAGACAUUAAAGCCCCAUCACCACCUCCUGAUUCAUUAUUAAGUGGUGGAAGUACAAAUCAUACAAUGGAAGGAAAGAGAGAGGAAGCUAUCAAAAUUAGUCCAGGUCACUCAUCAGGCAGCUCAGAUGAGCAAGAGAAGAGUAUUGAAAAUUUAAGAUACCCCCCACCAACAGUAAAACCAGAUUCAAGAUGGCCUACACUGGAUCUCAACAGUGACCUCUAUGUCAAAAGGCGCCUGGAUAUCAGGGCACGUUCACCUCCAUCUGAGUCAUCUUCCAGCAGUGAUGAGAGUGAAAGUGGGACUACAAACCCACCUAAAACGGAUGUGGGGAUUACAAGUCAUAGACCAGAAGGAAAGAUGCCGGACUUGAAAGUGAACGUCCCUCCUGUCAAGAGGCGUUUGAAUAUCAAAGCACCAUCAGCACAACCAGAUCCGGUUCUUAGUAGUGUGUCUCCAAGCUCUCAACAAUCUGAAUCAUACUCUUCCAGAAGCAACAGUGAGGAUGAGCGCAGAGACCAAGCUAAAGCAGGACUGGGAGUAUCUGCCCCAUUAAAGACCAUGGAAAAGGAGUUCAUUACAGCACCAAAGACCCCACUGAUAAACAUUUCUCACCGCCCAAAGGCAGACCACAAUAUCAAAUUAGAAAAGUAUACAGUUGUUACAGAUGAUGUGGGGGUAAAAACAAGUGACAACAUCAGCAGACCGCCAGAGAUAAACCCAGAACUCCAGUCACGAUGGGCAACAAUGGAUCUUGGCAUCUCCCGAUUCAGAAAGCGUCUUGAAAUCACAUCGCAAACACGUGAACCACCAAAUCUGCCCUCAUCACCUCCACCUGACUCCCCCUCGUCUUCCAGCAGUGAAACUGGGACUGGGAGCAAACGCAGCAAAACAAGACAAAAGAGAGAGGGAGUUGGAAUUCAAGGAAUCAUACACACAGAAUCAUCUGUAACCACCAAAAACAAAGUGCCGAGGAAGGCUGGGACAGAGCUCAGAAGCCAAACAUCAGAGGAGUCUCCUUCAGUGCACCCCCAUUUGAGUCUCACUAAUAUCCCCCAUGUCAAGAGGACUUUGGAUAUCAGAGCACCGUUACAAAGGGAAUCAUCCUCCAGCAGCAGUAGUGAGGAUGAGACGGUAGCCCAUAGUGUUCCUGACCUAAGUCUCGGAGUCCCACGUGUAAAGAGGCGUCUGGAUAUCAAGGCACCAUCACCAGAGCCAAGUAAUUCCUCCAGCAGUGAGAGUGAAAAUGAGGUGACACAAACCACUGUAAACCAAAGCAGAUAUCCAUCCAACAUGUCAGGAAUGAUAGACAACGACCAUCUAAUCACAUAUAAGCGUUUAAUUAUGAAACCGUCAUUGCCGCUGGGUAAUUCUUUCACCCCCAGUGGCAUGGAUCAAACUAUAGACCACACAAAACAAAGAUAUACAGGGACUGAAAUAGUAACUGUUACACGAGGAGGUCCAUUUGAUAGUGUGGGAGACAGAGAUGCAUCUCUUUCCCCAAAGAGAGUUCCCAGUAUGAGCUUUGAUGAUGUAGUAAAGAAAAGGCUUGAGCAGUCCAGAAGCACCACAGAUUUAGACGUUCCACCUGAGAUAAGGUGGACUGGUGUCGGCCGUCAGCUUUCUGACCAUUCCCUUCCCGGUCCAAGGAGACAUCUGGAUGUAGGCGUAUCAUCUCCACAGCAGCCUCCACCUGCAAAGCCAGAAUGUCCCCCAUCUGACUCCUCCAGCAGUGAAAGUGAUGAUAACAUAAAACAAGACAAGGGGAAGGCAGAUGUGACACUGACGCAUAAACACUCAUCUCUUAGUGCCAGUGGUGUUUCUCUUGCAUCCAGCAGAGCUCUUGACAAGUUUGACAGCCCACCCAGCAGCACAAGUGAGCUUUUGAGGGCUUUAUCUGAGGACACAAAUAAAAGGAAAGGCCUCAGUGCCCUAAAAGCCAUGUCAACGGAGAGACAAAAGUGGGACACAGUAGACGGAAAUUUAGAUAAGGGAGCAUCUCCUACAUUUGAUGACACCAGUUUUAACUAUCGCAGGUCUGAGGAGGACGUCAAGCCCCUGGCCAAACAGCCACUACCACAAUUACGUCUCUCCUCUACUUCAGUAGAUGAGAGAAGAGCUAAAGAUCUGCUGUACGACAUUCCUCGCUACAGAAGGCAUGACAUAGGAGAUACUGAACCACCACAGAGGGCUCCACCUCCUGUUCCAGCAACACCACCACCACCAUAUGAGGCAGUAGGGCUGUCACGGAGGUUUCCACAGAGCAGUAAGACACAAGGGUUGGAAGGCACCAGAUCUUAUCUGCAACAGAGCAGAAAGACAGAGGAAUCAACAAGUUCUUCACUUACGUCACAAAACCUGGCGGUCUAUUUCGACUCCUCUAACGUGAACAUUAGUGAAGUCUGAUUUUUUUUAAAGAGUCCCCGCAUCCUUAACACUGACAAAACAAGCAAAUGAUUGGCACUGUGUUGAUCUUAGGCAGCCAGUGAAUAAGAUGUUGUAAAUUAUAUUUUCAAGUAUUAAGCUUGAAAUGAAAUGUAAAUACUAAUAAUUUAUUGUGUGUAACUGUUGUAGAGAGGAAUAGAGGGCACUAUAUUUGUCUUUCAGAUUUGCCCUAUUUCUGUAAAUCAUCCAUAACAAAGACAUUUGUCUGUAAUUAAUUUUGCAACAAGAAUCCAUAUCAUCUUGUCAUGUAUAAUUAAUACACAUAUAAAGAGACCUUAAUAAAAUCUUAUCGAUGAACAAUA